CUUUAACCCAUAUUACUGAAGUAAGAGGCUGUGGCAUCUCUCCUUCCGCUUGCCAGUUCUUAUCCUCUCUGGACUAAUACAGGAUUAUUAACAGGAAAAAGACAGGAAUGAGAGGAGCACGGUGAAAAGUACCACCACCACAAAGACCCAGGAUUCGUACUCUACAGGAAUGGAUGUGAGAACGUUGGAGAUUCCGGCUGAGCUAUCGGCCAGACUACGCAGUGCAGCAGGGCGGCAGCACGUAUCAGGGGUGACAGAGGUGGCGCCUCCACAGGUGAAAGCACAAAACACCCUAAUCCUGCCCCUCGAUAUCGACAGCUACCCCUUCUCACGAUACGCCAACGCCACACUGAAGGAUGGCUGGUGUCAGCCACAGGGCUACUCCCUCCAGCGACCUCUGACCUCUCUGGAGCCCGAAGACGCUCAAACCGCUCUGGAGAUCCACAAACUGAUACUGCGUUUUGCAGGGGACAGUGAUCUGAGUGGCUGGCAGGAGCAGAUGUUGGGGAACUACAUUGUGGAGCAGGGCCAGACUAGACCCCCCCUGAGGGAUGAGAUCCUAGCCCAGCUGGCCCACACCACCUGGGGCAGGGAGUCAGAGGAGGUGGCGCUGCGGGGCUGGUUGUUACUGGCCUACUGCCUUAGUACAUUCACCCCCUCCCCAGCCCUGGACAAACCCCUACUCAAGUAUGUAUCUGAUAAUGGUCCAGGUGAAUAUCGUUCUCUGUGCCAGCACAAACUUCUCACCUCCCUCAAGUUACCCUCCCCUGCCUCCCGCCUCCACCCCCCCUCCCAGCUGGAGUGGACAACCAAUCAGAGGAGAGGAAAUAUGGUGAUGGACAUACAUACCUUCAACGAGGAGAAGAUGACAGCUGAGGUAGAGUCCUGGACCACAGGGGAGCAGCUGGCCUCGUGGCUGCUCCACUUCAGAGGGUUACCUGAGGCUCCACGGGGCUGGUCUGUGUCUCUGCUAGCUGAUGAGGGCUGGUCUGAUCUGGCUGGAUGUGACUUUGUCUUGGACCUGUUGGCUGGAGCAGAGACUGAUGCUACACUGGAGAUCGCACACACAGACCCUGACUACCUGUUCAACAAUGAGGAAGACGGGAUGAUUACAACAGAUCUAGAUGGCUUCAUCCCCCCGGCCCCCUCCAUUCCGGCCCCUUGUCUCCCCCAGCAGGGCCAUAGAGACUACCAGCAGUCAGAGGGUUCUGGUCAGAUGGACUGCUAUCUGGAUGAUCUAUUCGACCCAAUGAUGGACCAGGGACCAGGGGACCAGGAGCGUAUGGUCAAGUUGAACAGGAGGAUGAGAGGAGGAGGAGGGAUGUAUAGACCAGGUGUUCCAAUGACAAUGCCAGGGCUAUUCUAUGGGAAUGCAGGUGAACCCUGCCAUGCAAAACUACCAGGCUCCAAUGAUGCCAAGUAUGAUGCCAGCUGCCCCCAUGCCUAUGAUGCCAACCAUGAUGGCACCCCAGCCAGCUGCCACCAGGCCUGGACCCCCAGCAGAUGGCAGCACAGCAGCAGGCUUUCAUCAACCAACAGGCCCUGCUCAUGGCCCAGCAGAUGACAAUGCAGGCGAUGACUAUGUCCCAGCAGCAGACUCAGCAGCACCAGCGACAGCAGCAGCGGCGCCAGGCUAACCUUCGACCCGUCACACCCCCCCUCGCCCCCUCUCCCCCAGCCCAGACA